AAAAAAAAAAAACCAUAACCCCCUCUCCUUGCUGUCUUGUCUUUGCUUCCAAUCUCCUUCUUCUUCCUCCUUUAAAAACAACAACGUAAGAAGAGAACGAAACACGCACACCAAACCCACCAAAUCAAUGGGUUGUGUUUCUUCCAAACUCGUCAAGAAAGAACUCCGCCGCGACAUCAUCCUCAACAGCGGCGGCGAGCACGUGGUCAACCAUGUCGUCUCUCUAACUUCCAGCACGUACGGCGUUCUCAAUCUCGAUAAGGAACAAAAACAACAACACGAAGAAGAAGAACCCAUUAAAGAGAUUGUUGCGGAGACGAAGAAGAAUGCGCAGACAUCGCCGCCUCGCGGAGAGCCAGAAGUCAUCAACGCAUGGGAGCUCAUGGAGGGUCUUGAAGAAGAAAUGCCCGUCACAAAUAAUUCAAAGAAGAGCCCAAAGUCGCGUGCUUUGCUUCGUGGGUUUGCGGAUGCUGAAGGGAAAAGUCCAUUGAAGUUCUUCAACCAGUUUGGUUCGCCGAGAAAGGUGAAGAAAUUUGGAGGUAAAGAGAAUAAGGUGCGUAUCAAUGGAGUGGUCACUGGACCAAUUAAAUCAGAAUUCAGCCCGAGGUCGAUCUUGAAAGUGAAUAAUUUUCUGUCAGAGAAAAAAGGGAGUUAUAGUCCUCUGUUUGAUCCGGAGCUUGUUGAAAGUUAUGAAAGAGAAUUAUCAGAAGAGAAAGAGCAUGUAAAAAGGGUCAUUUUACCAACAUUUAGCACUCGAAAGGCGAAGAUUUCUUCGGAUUCUAUCCUUGAAUCUUUCAAGAAGAAAUGUCCUCCGGGCUGUGAAAAUGCUGUGGUGAUUUACACCACCACAUUGAGAGGAAUAAGAAAGACAUUUGAGGAAUGUAACAAGGUGAGGUCCAUCAUCGAAUCACAUCAAAUACAGAUGCUCGAGCGUGACAUAUCGAUGGAUUCAGGGUUUAAGGAGGAGUUAAGAGCGUUAAUGGAGACAAAAGAAGUGAAAGUUCCAGUGGUGUUUGUGAAAGGAAGGUUGAUUGGAGGUGUUGAUGAGGUGGUGAAGAUGGAGGAGGAAGGGAAAUUGGGGAUUUUGUUUGAGGGAAUACCGACGGCGAUGGGCGGUUGUGAUGGAUGUGGUGGAGUGAGAUUUGUGAUGUGUAUGGAGUGUAGUGGAAGCUGCAAAAUUAUGGAUGAACAGCAGAAGAAAAUGGUGAGAUGUGGUGAGUGUAAUGAAAAUGGACUUAUCCGAUGUCCUAUUUGCUGUUGAUUUGGUUAAAAUUUACGAAAUUUCUGGAUUGAUUUUGAGUUUUUUAGGUGAGAUUUACAGUCACUUGUUAGGUGUAGAACAAAGGGCAUUUCUUGAAGAUGUUUCAUAUUAUUUUUAGGGUUUUUCCUAAAUUCCUUUACCACAUUUCAUCUUGUAUGGUGUUGUUUCAAGAUAUUGUAUACAGUUAUUGUUUCACUAGGAAAUAUAGGUAGAUAUUUCCUAUUUAUGGAAGAAUUAUUUGAUUUGGUUAUUUAAA